AUGACGGGUGAUCGUGAACAAAUCGGGGAGCCGAUUGCCAUUGUCGGAAGUGCCUGUCGCUUUCCUGGCGAUGCAACAACACCAUCGAAGCUAUGGGAUCUGCUGAAAGAUCCCCGUGACGUCUUGACGGAGAUUCCUGAAAGCCGAUUUAGCACCAAGGCCUUCUACCACCCAGAUGGUCUGCACCAUGGCACGACCAACGUGCGACACUCUUACUUGUUAUCCGAUGACCACCGACUCUUCGACGCCCAAUUUUUCGGAACAAAGCCAGUCGAAGCAAACUCCAUUGACCCGCAGCAAAGGUUGCUGUUGGAGACCGUCUAUGAGGGCUUGGAAACUGCCGGUAUCCCUAUGGAAGGUCUCCAGGGAUCCAACACCGCGGUUUAUGUUGGACUGAUGACGAACGACUACGCAGACAUGCUAGGUCGAGAUGUUCAAAAUUUCCCUACCUACUUUGCAUCUGGAACUGCUCGCAGUAUCCUAUCGAACCGAGUCUCCUACUUCUUUGACUGGCGCGGCCCCUCGAUGACCAUCGACACAGCCUGCUCUUCCAGCUUAAUCGCACUACACCAGGCCGUGCAGAGCCUCCGAAGCGGCGAGAGCCAUGUCGCCAUUGCCGCCGGAACCAACCUUCUCCUUGGCCCUGAACAGUAUAUUGCGGAGAGCAAAUUGAAGAUGCUAUCUCCAACUGGACGCUCGCGGAUGUGGGAUAAGGAUGCCAAUGGAUAUGCUCGUGGUGAUGGAAUUGCUGCUGUGAUUCUUAAACCAUUGAGUGCCGCCUUGGCUGACGGUGAUCACAUUGAGUGUAUUGUUCGCGAGACGGGUAUCAACCAAGAUGGCCGUACGAAAGGAAUCACCAUGCCGAACCCUGUGGCUCAAGCAGAGUUGAUUCGCACCACGUAUGCUCGAGCUGGACUUGAUCUUUCCAAACCGAGUGAUCGACCGCAAUACUUUGAAGCUCACGGAACUGGUACCCCUGCUGGUGAUCCUGUCGAGGCCGAAGCAAUUAGCACGGCAUUCUUCGGUAAUAAAGCCAACUACCACCGUAAGAACGGUCAAGAAGAUCCAUUGUACGUUGGAUCUAUCAAGACUGUCAUCGGACACACCGAGGGAACAGCAGGUUUGGCAGCUGUUAUGAAGGCGUCUCUGGCAUUGCAGCACGCAGUGAUCCCGCCAAAUCUCUUGCUUAACGAAUUGAGUUCAACGGUUCGACCCUUCUACACUGAUUUGGAGAUUGCUCAGACCGCCAAACAAUGGCCUCAACUCCCAGACAACACCCUUCGUCGAGCUAGUGUCAACAGCUUUGGCUUCGGUGGUGCAAAUGCUCAUGCAAUUCUGGAAGAAUACAAUCCAAGAUUGCUCGGCAACACUUCCGGUGAUGCUAAUACCCCAGUUGUAUCCCCAUUCAACAUGUCUGCUUCUUCUGAGAAAUCGCUUGUUGCAAAUGUGGUUGCAUAUUCGGCCUAUGUUAAGAGUCAUUCCGAUGUGAAUUUGCGGGACCUGUCGUGGACUCUGAAUUGCCGUCGCUCUACGUUGCCGGUUAGGUUAUCUAUCUCUGCAUCGAAUACCGAAGAGCUUGUCGCAAGACUGGAUGAUGCAGUGCAAUCAUCCACUGGCAUUACCCCAAGCACACAGACCGCAACCAUCCAUGAACCAAAGAUUCUUGGAGUCUUCACAGGCCAAGGUGCGCAGUGGGCAAAAAUGGGUGCAGAGCUUCUGGGAUCUUCAGCAAUGGCACGGGAAUGUAUUGGCCGUCUUGAUCGCUCCCUACAGAGUUUGCCCACCGAGCACCGCCCCGACUGGUCUCUAAGCAAAGAGCUGCUCAAAGACAAGGAUUCAUCUCUUAUUGCGCUGGCAAAGUUUUCACAGCCGCUUUGUACAGCUGUCCAAAUUGUCCUAGUCCAGCUUCUCCAUGCUGCAAAUAUCAAAUUCAAGGCUGUGGUUGGUCACUCGUCUGGCGAAAUUGCCGCCGCCUACGCUGCAGGUUAUCUAAAUGAAAAAGAUGCCAUUCGCAUUGCAUACUACCGUGGAUGGUCUCUUCAAUAUGCCAACGACAAAGAAGGACCAAAUGGUGCCAUGAUGGCUGCGGGUACAUCUUUCCAAGAUGCCCAGGAACUGUGCGAGAUGCCUUCACUAGAAGGCCGAAUUUGCGUCGCGGCUAGCAAUUCUUCCACUAGUGUUACUCUCUCUGGUGAUGCGGAUGCGAUCAAUGAGGCACAAGAAAUUCUCGAAGAUGAGCAGAAGUUUGCUCGCCUCUUGAAGGUUGACAAGGCAUACCACUCGCACCACAUGCUGUCUUGUGCGGCACCUUACAUUGCAGCGAUCCAAAAGUGUGGCAUCACUAUGCAACCUCGGCCUCCUGGUAGUGCUAUUUGGAUCUCCAGUGUAUAUGGCGAGAACAUUGACGACAUCAAUGACAACCUGGCUGACACUUACUGGAGCAACAAUAUGGUCAACCCUGUCCUCUUUUCUCAAGCAGUGACUUAUGCCGUUGGAUCGGCAGGACCCUUCGACAUGGCAUUAGAGGUUGGACCACACCCAGCACUAAAAGGACCCGCAAUGCAAACUAUUCAAGAAGUCUCCGGUCAAGCAUUACCUUACACGGGGACAUUGAAUCGCGGAAAAAAUGACCGAGAGGCUUUUGCAUCUGCUCUCGGUGCACUGUGGGUAUCACUUGGAGAGAGCGUUGUCGAUUUUGCCGGGUUCGAAAGCAAGGCGACACAAAGCACUCGACAGCCCAGCUUGAUCAAGGGUCUUCCAUCGUACUCGUGGGAUCACGAUCGUGUCUAUUGGCAUGAGUCUCGCUCUUCGGCUGCGUUCCGUACUGAGAAUGAACCUUUCCAUUCUCUCCUUGGUGUUAAAUGCCCGGAUGGGACUGAUAAGGAGCUGCGCUGGCGCAACUAUCUUCAUCCUCGCGAAGUCUCUUGGCUAGCACAUCAUCAGGUACAGGGACAAAUGGUGUUCCCAGCUGCUGGGUAUAUUUCAGCAGCUGUCGAGGCCGUCUCUCAGAAGUAUGGUCUCCAGUCCGUUAAGUUGAUCGACUUCCGUGAUGUGAUCAUUGGCCAAGCUUUGGUUCUUGAGGAGAAUGGUGGAGUCGAGACUAUUUUCAGACUAUCAAUCGAGGAAGUGCGCGAUGAUAUCGUGACAGCGUCUUUCGCCUGCCAUUCCAGUGCCAACAAGGGAUCCGCCAACAUGUCCCUGCACGCCUCCACCUCGCUUCAGAUCUCCCUGGGCCAGCCGGAUAAUGAUAUUCUUCCCCCUCGCUCUGAAACCCAUGGAAUGUUCCUUGAAUUGGAAGCCGAUCGCUUCUACAACACAGUUUCAGAGCUUGGAUUCGGUUAUACAGGACCUUUCCAAGCCCUCUCCAACCUGAGCAGGAAGAUGGACGAGGCUACCGGUCUCAUUGCUGUCCCAGAGGUAGACGAUGACGAGCGACCAUUAAUUAUUCAUCCGGGUUCGCUCGAUGGCGCCAUCCAGUCAAUUAUGUUGGCUUAUUGUUUCCCCGGAGAUGGUCGCCUACAGACUCUCUACCUGCCCACUCGUAUUGACAGGCUUCUAUUGAACCCAUCAGCCUGUGCUGCCCUCGCUGCGCCCGGAACAGAUCUCCCAUUCUACUCAGCAGUCGCGGAGGCUCGCUUCGCUGAGCUUUCUGGUGAUGUCAGUAUUUUCUCUGCUGACAGCCAGCACACGUUGGUUCAACUUGAAGGGCUUCAUACGACCCCACUCAGUCCAUUGACAUCCAUCAAUGAUAUUCCCUUCUUCACGGAGGUCACCUGGGAUGUUGAUGGGCCGACUAGCCCCAAGGCCACUACGGAAUUGAAACCGCAAGACCAAGCUCUCUUAUUAGAUCUUGAACGCAUGGCUCACUUCUACUUCAAAAACCUCAAUAGCUCAAUCACAGAGACCGAACGCGCGAAAGCUGCCUGGAACCAUGUUCAUCUUUUGUCAUAUGCUGAGCACUGCGUCGCUUCUGUUGCAUCUGGGAAGCACAAACUUGCGAAGACUGAAUGGGCUAGCGAUACACUUGACACCAUUACUCCAAUUAUAGAGCGAAAUAUUGACAGCAUCGACAUCAAGGCUCUCUCUGCCAUCGGCCAGAACCUGUGUGCUAUGAUUCGCGGUGAGAAGAACCUGCUUGAAAUUCUCAUACAAGAUAACAUGCUUGGUAGUUUUCAUGCCAACACACUUGGAAUUGAUUUCUACAUUGGAGAGACUGCUCGCAUGGCUCGUCAGAUCAGCCACCGGUAUCCUCACUUGAAUGUUUUAGAAAUUGGUGCUGGUUCUGGUGCCAAUACCGAGAGGAUUCUGCCUGCGCUAGGCUCGGCAUUCACCUCUUAUACAUACUCCGAUAUCUUGGACACCGGCUUCGAUGAUGCCCGUGAGAAAUUCUCGGAAUACCAAUCUAGAAUGGCAUUCAAAGUCCUAGACAUCGAGAAGGACACCUUAGAGCAAGGAUACGAAGAAGAAUUCUUUGAUUUGGUGAUUGCCCCUCUCGCUUUGUAUGCUACAAAGAAUCUCGAGGCUACCCUGACGAAUGUUCGUCGUUUGAUCAAGCCUGGUGGCUAUCUGAUCAUGUUGGAGAUCACGAACCCCGACAUUAUGCGUUUCGGCCUCAUUCUCGGUGGCCUACCUGGUUGGUGGCUAGGCCAUGAGGAGGGAAGAACUCUGUCCCCUUGCGUCGCUGAGAGUAAGUGGGACGAGCUGAUGCAAAAGGUCAAGUUUUCAGGAUUGCAGGCUCUCGCGCCAUCUUCCUCAACCUCUAAUUUGCCGUUCUCUGUCAUGGUCACGCAAGCGGUUGACCAUCGCAUCAACUUCCUCCGUGAUCCCUUGGCCCAUAUACACCAACCGCUUGGUGUUGACUCGUUGACAAUUAUCGGAGGUAAGACGCCACUUACUGCUACUUUGGCUGCUGAAGUCAAGGCUGCAGUCAGUCGCCACUACAGCAACAUCCAUAUCGCCAACUCCUUGGGAGAUAUUGUCUCCGCAGAUUUGCCAGUGAUGGGAACGGUGAUCAGUUUGAUCGAACUCGAUGAACCGGUUCUCAAAAGCAUGAAUUCCGAGGACUUGAUUUCAUUCCAGGAAUUGUUCAAACGAAGCAAGAAUGUUCUUUGGCUAGGCCAUGGAGCUCAAGGUGACAACCCCUACGGCAACAUGUUCACCGGCGUCCAGCGGACACUGCUCAUGGAAAUGACCCACUUACACGUCCAUUUCCUGAAUCUACACUCGUUGCGUGAAGCCGAUACCAAAAAUAUUGCAACCAAGCUUCUUCAUCUUGAAGUUGCCGAAAUUUGGGAACAGAGUGGCCAGCUUGAUGGAAUCCUAUGGUCUAACGAGCGAGAGAUAGCAUUGGAGAACGGAAAGUUCCAACUUCCUCGCUUCCGUUUCAACUCUCGUCGCAACGACAGAUACAAUUCUUCAAGACGGCUUAUUACGAAGAACAUUGAGCGAACCAAGUCGAUCGUCACUAUACAGCAAUCGGACACGGGAUAUCAGGUUGAAGAGAAAGAUAUUCGCUCCACCUUGUCCUUCCCCGAUGGAGUUGAAAUCCAUGUUACUCACUCCCUGUUACGCGCUGUACCCAUAACCGAGGCGGAAAGUCUAUUCCUGGUAAUCGGGCAUAAUACUCGCACUAAUGAGCGGGUGGUUGCUCUGUCGCAUGUUUUGGAGUCUCAAGUUCAUGUGCCACAUAGUCUCGCUGUUCGUUGCGGAGACUCUGAAGAUCAAGCCAUUCGUUCUAUGCUCACUCUCUAUCUGCACUUCUUUUCUCUGUCUAUGCUGCAGAAGCUCCAACCUGGCACGGCUUUGGCGGUUUUGGAUCCCGACUUUUCCAUGACUCCUGUUUUGACCAAGCAUGCCAAUGAAAAGGGCGUUCAGCUUGUUCUGCUGACAACGAAGCAAGGUCCUUGCUCUUGGCCAUGGAUACAAGUUCACCCAAAUACCACCCGACGGGAUCUAAUGACUAAAUUACCCAAAAACAUUGCGAGACUUGUCACCAUGGGGGGUAGCGAUGAUGUGCUGUCGGUUCUUAAAGCAUGCCUGCCGGCUAUAUAUCCAUUUGAGAACGAGACUACUCUUACAGCCACUUCCUAUCAGUCACAAUUCAUUUCUGACAUGGGGCCAUUGGCCAUGCAGCUUCGGAAUGUCUGGAUGAGAGCGCAGUAUGACUUGAUGCCGGUGAAUCUACACAGGUUCGCAUCCUUGACUCCCCAGGAUCUCAUUCGCACAAACUACCCACUGGCUGAGCAGUCCCUUGUUGCUUGGGGUGAAUCUGAGCUUGCUGUUCAAGUCCGUCCAGCCACAAAGCAAGUGAAGUUCUCCAAAGACAAGACUUACUGGCUUGUUGGUCUCACUGGUGGACUUGGCUUGUCUCUCUGCCAGUGGAUGGCCAGACAGGGUGCACGAUACAUCGCACUUUCAAGUCGCAACCCUAAGAUUGACGAGCAGUGGUUGAAACGAAUGGCAGCAGCCGGAUGCACUGUUCGCGUUUUUUCGAUUGAUAUCACAAAGCGCGAGUCUGUCCAGUCUGGAUAUCGUCAGAUCUGUGAUAGCAUGCCUCCGGUUGCUGGUGUCGCUCAAGGCGCCAUGGUCCUCCAGGAUACCAUGUUCAUUGACCUAGAUCUUCCACGGCUGGACAAAGUCCUCCGCCCCAAGGUUGACGGUAGUAUACUUCUCGAUGAGCUGUUCCCCGAAGACACACUUGACUUCAUGGUGUUCUUCUCGUCAAUGGCUGCUAUGACAGGUAAUCCAGGACAGGUUGCUUACAACGCCGCGAACAUGUUCAUGGCAAGUCUAGCUGCACAACGCAGAAAGCGUGGCCUGGCAGGACAUGCAAUCAACAUUGGUGCUAUUGUUGGCAAUGGAUAUGUGACCCGAGAACUGAACAUGGGUCAACAGUCAUACCUGUACCGAGUCGGACAUUCUUGGAUGUCCGAACAAGAUUUCCAUGAGGUAUUUGCCGAAGGUGUCAUUUCCUGCUUGGAGCGCGUUGGUGCUGCUGAAUUGUGCUGUGGUCUCCGAAUCGACGAUGACGAGUCGAAGAGUUGGAUUUCUAACCCCAUGUUCCAACAUUUGGUCUUCAAAUCCAGUAGCCUUGUCAUUUCUGAUAAGAAGGGAAAAUCCGGCAUGCUGAUAAAGACACGCUUAUUUGAGGCGACGUCCAUGCAGGAGGUUAUGGAGAUCUUGAUAGAUGGCUUUAUCCUAAAGCUGCAGUCCGCCCUUCAAGCUGAUCCGUCCAAGCCAAUGCUGGACAUGAGUCCCGAUGAACUAGGUGUGGACUCACUGGUCGCUGUUGACCUUCGCUCGUGGUUCCUCAAAGAAUUGGGAGUCGACAUGCCAGUACUGAAGAUUUUCAAUGCGGCAUCCGUUCGCGAGCUGCUUGCUACAGCCGCAGAAGUUCUUCCGGAGACGCUUGUACCUAAUCUCCCCAGCAUUGAGCAGUUCCCAAACGCUGCAACGCGUCAACCCGCUCCGGUCGUGCCAGUGGCUAACAUCGACAGUAACACUUCUGAUGAGAUUCUGACUCCAGACACGAACGACACUCUGGAAGCCUUCAAAUUUGCAAUCCCGGACGCGACGAAUACCUAUAGUGGUAGCUCGGCCGCUUCGUUGAACACUGGCGACUCCAAUUCCGAAGAAAAUGCAGACACCUCUUCCUCAAUUUCCACCGAUGAUAAUGAGAUCAUUUCACCCGGUCGGGAAGUUCAAAAAACCACCUCAAUGUCUUAUGGGCAGUCUCGCUUCUGGUUUCUUGGUCAUCUGGUUGAGGACAAGACUGCUUUCAACAUCACCCCAACAUUUGAAUUGACUGGUCGUCUGAGGGUGGACGACUUUGCUCGAGCCAUUGAGACUACUGGUCAGCAUCAUGAAGCAUUGCGUACAUUCUUCUUCACUGACGACGAGCGAAACCACAAGCAGGGUGUAUGGGCCAAGUCCAACGUACGCCUCGAACGUAUUGAGAUUUGCGACCAAUGUGAGGUUGAGCAGGCUUCAAGGCAUAUGAAGGCACAUGAAUUCGACCUUGCCAAUGGCGAAAUCAUGCGUGUUCAACUUCUUUCCCUGAAUUCUGCAAAGCACUGGAUGAUAUUCGGUUUCCAUCAUAUCAAUAUGGAUGGCAUCAGCUUUGAGGUCUUCUGGUCGGAUGUUGAAAAAGCCUACCAGGGUAUACCUCUCUCACAGGAUGGCAUCCAGUACCCGGACUUCACCUUGCGACAAAUUCGGGAAUAUGAAGAUGGUGAAUGGGCCAAUGACCUGGCUUACUGGCGAGCACAGUUUGUCGACAUCCCACCAGCGAUUCCUUUGCUCCCAUUUGCUCUGCAAUCUGUCCGCCCCAAGGUUGCCCAGUUUGGCUCACAUACUGCUCAAAUGCGUCUUGAUGCGAACACUUCAGAGUCGAUUGAACGGUGCUGCCGAAUGUUCAAAUCCACGCCCUUCCAUUUCCACCUCGCAAUCUGGCAGAUCCUUCUCUUGCGCUUCUUUGAUUCAGAAAACAUUUGCAUUGGUCUAGGUGAUGGCAACCGCACCGAAGCUGACAUCCUGCGAAGCGUGGGGUUGUACUUGAAUCUUCUUCCUGUAAAGUUCUCCCAGCACCCAGGCCAAUCUUUUGGGGAGUCGCUCAAGGACGUCCGGAACAUUACGCAAGGCGCAUAUACUCAUUCGCGCGUACCAUUUGAUGUAAUUCUGACAGAACUUGGCGUUCCGCGAUCUGCGUCUCACAACCCUCUUUGUCAAGCCAUGUUCAACUACCGUCCCAAGAUUGAACAGAGCAGAACUUUCUGCGGAUGUAUUGCCGAUGGGGCUCUUUUAGGUGGUGGUGAAACUUCCUUUGAUCUCAGCCUCGAUGUUGGCAACGUCGGCGCAGGCGAGACCCUCGUCCAUUUAUCCGUCCAGGAAAGUCUCUACAAUUUGGACCAUGCUGAGAUCCUCAUUCGCUCUUACUCGAAUCUGGUUCAGUCUUUCCUGCGAAACCCAGCAACUCGAGUGACCUGGCCGGGGCCCGAACUGCGAGAGGAGUACCCCAUCACCAUUGUGCAUCGCUUAGAUGAGAUUACUCGCGCCUAUCCUGACCGUGUGGCCUUGAAGAACCACGAUGGAACUUCACUCACAUAUGCUGAAGUUCAGCGUCGCGUCAAUAUCAUUGCCCAUGAGCUCCUCACCAACGGGAUCGGCUCAUACACCCGUGUUGGAGUUUUGCAAUCCCCAAGUGCAGACUGGAUAUGCUCUCUUAUGGCCAUUCUCCGUGUCGGUGGCUCCUACAUUCCGCUUGACAAGAAGGUUGGCAUGGAAAGACUGGCCAUGAUCAUGGAUGAAACAAAUGCCCCUGUAAUUCUCCUUGAUAAGACCACCAUAUCUGACUUUGGCCUCUUACAUACAAAGGCUGAGCCAAUUGAUGUGGGUAGCCUGCGCGACUCCUCUGCCAGCACGGUCCCCAACAUGGCGACACCAGAGCAGACUGCAGUCAUCAUGUAUACCAGUGGAUCAACCGGAAUCCCCAAAGGUCUCAUGAUCUCCCAUUCGGCAUACGUUCACCAUGUCCAAGCUUCCAGUGCGAAGUGGAAUGUCAAGCAAGGAGACGAGACCCUCUUACACCAGUCUUCCUACGCAUGGGAUGCGUCUCUUUGGCAGAUCAUGGUUUCGCUCUGCAAUGGUGCAACUCUUGUUAUCGCUUCAAGUAAGGAAAGAGGUGAUCCUGUUGCUCUCACCGAACUUAUUGCAUCUGAGAAAGUGACUCUCACUCUUGCAACCCCGACGGAGUAUCUUGCUUGGAUGCAACACGGCCGAUCCAGUCUAAGUAACUCCAGCCUAAGGACCGCUAUCUGUGGCGGUGAGUUUGUAUCCAGUGGAUUGAUAGAGGAGUUCAAAGCGCUCCAACGACCCGGACUCAAGUUGAUAAAUGGCUACGGACCUGCGGAGAUUUCCAUUGCCUGCUCUGGUACUGAGAUCCCGCUGGAUUCAACUGCUGCAUGUUCUGAGCAGGCGCUCUUUACAUUGCCAAACUACUCUGUCUAUAUUGUUGAUCAGAAUUCCGUCCCUGUUCCGAUCGGGAUUCCUGGUGAAGUGGUCAUUGGUGGUGCAGGAGUUGCACAGGGCUAUCUGAACAGCGCAAAGACCGAUGACCGUUUUGCGCCUGAUCACUAUGCCAAUUCAUUCUUCAAAGAGAAUAAUUGGACAAGACUUCAUCGAACUGGAGAUCGCGGAAGGCUCACUGCGAACGGUGGGUUGGUCCUAUUAGGACGCAUGGAUGGCGAUAAUCAAGUCAAGCUGAGAGGCAUGAGAAUUAAUAUCGAAGAAGUCGAGAGAGCCAUUGUAAACUCUUCCGCUGGUGCCAUUGUUCAGGCUGUGGUAUCCAUACGCUCUGAUGCCGACCACAACUCGGACAAAUUUCUUGUGGCCUUUGCUGUGAUGACAACCAUGGACAACUACGAGAGCACACAUCAGUUCCUCAAGCGCCUUACUUGGGAGCUACCGUUGCCCCAGCAUAUGCGACCUGUUGCUAUCAUUCCCAUUGAGGCUAUUCCUCAGAAUACUUCUGGCAAGACCGAUCGAGCGGCAGUUACCUCACUUCCCAUCCCAGAAAUUGCAUCUCAAUUAGCAAAGGAUGAAACUCUCACGGCUUCUGAGCAAUCAUUGCGUCGACUUUGGCAGCAGACGCUUCCACGAGAAGUGGCAAGCUAUCAUUCAAUUGACUCCCAGUCUGAUUUCUUCCAUGUUGGGGGAAACUCGCUUGCUAUGGUUGAUCUACAGGCUUUAAUUAAGGAUCAUUUGGGAGUCUCAAUGGCACUAUACCAGCUUUUUGAAUCUAGCACACUUCGCGCAAUGGCUGCAGCUAUUGAAGAUUUGACUGUUCCGGUUCAGCAGUUAGAAGUUGAUUGGACAAAGGAAGUUGCGAUCGAUUCUACUCUCGCCUCUUCUUUGAACGACGGCGGCACCCACAUUAUUCCCUCUGGGGUUAGGGUUGUGGUUCUCACCGGUGCUACUGGCUUCCUUGGCAAGGAACUUCUCCGACUCCUGUUAAGGGAAUCUGACGUUGUCUCCGUCCAUUGUCUGGCGGUCAGGAAAGAAUCUUCCCAACUGCCAGAGAAUUUCUCGCACCCGAAGGUUCAUUUGCAUAAGGGUGACCUUGGAGCUCGUCAACUGGGACUCAGUGAUUCAGAGGCUAGCUCAAUUUUUUCUUAUGCAGACAUCAUAAUUCACAAUGGUGCCGACGUUUCAUUCAUGAAAAGCUAUCAGACUCUCAAACUCAUCAACGUGGCAUCGACCAAGGAACUUGUCAGACUCGCUUUGCCGAGAUGCAUUCCAUUCCACUUCGUUUCCACGGCUGGUGUUGCUCGUCUUUCAGGACAAGAAAGCUUUGGUGAAUGUUCCGUGGCAUCGUUCCCUCCUCCAUCACCACCAAACGACGGGUACAUUGCUGCAAAGUGGGUCAGCGAGGUGUAUCUGGAGAACGUUCACCGACAGUUCGGUCUUCCUCUGUGGAUCCAUCGUCCAUCCAGUAUCACCGGUACAAAUUCACCAGAGCUUGACCUGAUGGGAAACGUCAUGCAAUACAUCAAGGAGACCCGCAAAGUGCCGGACUCAAGCUCAUGGUCUGGAGUUUUUGAUCUCGUAUCUGUUGAAACAGUUGCAAAUCAACUUCUCGAGGCCGUUUACCGAUCUGGUCUCGGUCAUUCACAUCAAGUCAAAUACAUGUAUGAGUCCGGUGAAAUGCAACUCGGAAAAGAAGAUAUCAUGCCGCUGAUGGAGCUAGGAACCGGUCAGGAGUUCCACACUAUUUCUAUGGAAGAGUGGGUUUCUGCUGCUGAGCAAGCGGGAAUGAGUCGGCUGCUGGCUGCUUACUUGCGUGGGAACUCUGAUGGACAGGUACUUCUUCCCAGAUUGGUGAAAGAGGAAACAUUAUAG